AUGACGCACAAAGUACUUCUCUUCCUUGGAGCAGGCCGAAAGGUGGGCGCAGCAUCGAUCAGUCACUUCAAGAAGCAUGGUUACAAAAUCGCAUCAGUAGCGAGAUCCGUGAAGCCCGAGAUCGAGGCGUGCUCAGACGACUGUUUGACGGCCGACUUUAGUGAUCCCGGAGUGAUGGAAGAGGUGUUUGAGAAAGUACGCAAGGCUGUCGGAACGCCAAACGUUGUCAUUUACAAUCCCUACGCCUGGUCUAGAGGCCAGGAAGAGGGUAAUCCCCUUUCGCCCAGCGUUGAAGCAUUCCAAUCCGACUUUGCCAUCAACACUGCUUCUGCUUAUGCCGCUGCCAAAUAUGCGGUCCAGGGCUUUGACUCGUUGCCAAAGGAAGCCAACAAAGUCUUCAUCUACACGGGAAACAAUGGGAAUACUGCUAUCAUGCCCCAAUUCCUCACACUCGGCAUGGGAAAGUCUGCCGGCUGGUACAUUAUCCAGCAAUCAGCGGCCACCGACCGCUUCAAAGCGGCAAACUACCGAUUCUACUACGUUGAUGAACGGACUCCGCAAGGCAAAGCGACUGUACCUUCGGGGAGAGCUCAUGCCGAAUUCUUCUUGGAGCUUGCGGAGAUGAACGACCAAGGUCCCAUCUUGGCUACUUUUGUGCGCGGCAAAGGAUACACCAGAUUUGCAGCGAGCGAGGCUGCGAGACUACCGACCCUCAGCGUGGCAGAAGCUGUGGAUUUCGAGUGGGGAUCUCACGAGUACUGA